UUGUAUUCGCACUUGUAGACGCAGCAGGGAAACAUCUAUCGGUGCUCCUAAUUAGCUUGUUUUGAUUCAGCCUCAUUAGGCUACACCAUUCUACAUAAUUAUUUUCUAACCGGUUGCAGACAUUAAUCUAAGAAGAGAAUCAGCCAUGGAUGAAAUGGAUGAAGAAUUGAAAUGUCCUGUCUGCGGAUCUUUUUUCCGGGAGCCGAUCAUACUGCCGUGUUCCCAUAACAUUUGCUUGGCUUGUGCUCGGAAUAUCUUAGUGCAGACCCCCGAUGCCGAAUCUCCUCAGAGCAGUCGUGCCUCCGGCUCCGGGGUCUCUGACUAUGAUUACCUUGACCUGGAUAAAAUGAGUCUGUAUAGCGAAGCGGACAGUGGAUACGGCUCGUAUGGGGGGUUCGUUAGUGCUCCGACUACCCCCUGCCAGAAAUCCCCAAACGGGGUCCGUGUUUUCCCCCCCGCGGUCCCACAACCCCCUCCGCAACACCACUUGCUCCAACACCCCGGAUCCCUUCCUCCUAUCCCCCGCAAUUCCUGCAUCACCUGCCCGCAAUGCCAUCGUAGCCUAAUUCUGGAUGACAGGGGGCUCCGCGGUUUCCCCAAGAACCGGGUGCUGGAAGGGGUGGUCGAUCGGUACCAGCAGAGUAAAGCAGCGGCGCUGAAGUGUCAACUGUGUGAGAAGAGUCCCAAAGAGGCCACCGUGAUGUGUGAGCAGUGCGACGUGUUCUACUGUGAUCCAUGUCGCUUAAGGUGCCAUCCUCCCCGUGGCCCACUUGCCAAACACCGCCUGGUACCACCAGCGCAGGGCCGGAUAAGCCGUCGGACGAGUCCCCGAAAGAUUUCCACUUGUACAGAACACGAACUCGAAAAUCUAAGCAUGUACUGUGUCCAGUGUAAGAUGCCAGUUUGUUACCAGUGUUUGGAGGAAGGAAAACACGGAACACAUGAAGUGAAGGCUCUAGGAGCCAUGUGGAAACUGCACAAGGGCCAGCUCUCCCAGGCUCUCAACAUCCUGUCGGACCGGGCCACAGAGGCCAAGGAGUUCCUGGUGCAGCUGAGGAACAUGGUGCAGCACAUCCAGGAGAACGGGGUGGAGUUCGAGGCGUGUCUGGUGGCGCAGUGUGACGCCCUCAUCGACGCGCUGAACCGCCGCAAGGCCCAGCUGCUCUCCCGGGUCAACAACGAGCACGAGCACAAGCUGAAGGUGGUGAGGGACCAGAUCUCCCACUGCACGGUGAAGCUCCGCCAGACCACGGGUCUGAUGGAGUACUGUCUGGAGGUCAUCAAGGAGAACGACCCCAGCGGCUUCCUGCAGAUCUCGGACGCUCUGAUUCGCAGGGUGCACAUGACGGAGGGCCAGUGGGGCAAGGGCACGCUGACCCCCAGGAUGACCAGUGACUUUGACCUCACCCUGGACAGCAGCCCCCUUCUUCAGACCAUCCACCAGCUGGACUUUGUCCAGAUGAAAGUCCCAGCUGCCCCUAUGCUCCAGCUGGAGGAAUGCUGCACUCAGAACAACAGCGCCACGUUGUCAUGGAAACAGCCACCUCUCUCCACCAUCGCCGUGGAAGGAUACAUCCUCGAGCUGGACGACGGCAACGGAGGCCAGUUCAGGGAAGUGUACGUGGGGACGGAGACCAUGUGUACUGUGGACGGGCUGCACUUCAACAGCACCUACAAGUCUAGGGUGAAGGCCUACAACGACAGCGGCGUGGGCCAGUACAGCAAAACCCUGGUCAUGCAGACCUCAGAGACUGGACUUCCUCCAUGUGAUAUUCCGACUCUAGCUACAGUCGCCUGGUUCACCUUUGACCCCGCCUCCGCCCACCCCGACAUCAUCUUCUCCAACGACAACCUGACGGUAACAUGCAACAGCUACGACGACAGGGUUGUCAUGGGCAACUGCAGCUUCUCCCGGGGCGUCCACUACUGGGAGAUGACGGUGGAUCGCUACGACAACCACCCGGACCCUGCCUUCGGUGUUGCGUGCGGCGACGUCCUGAAGGAUGUGAUGCUGGGGAAGGAUGACAAGGCCUGGGCAAUGUACGUGGACAACAACCGCUCCUGGUUCAUGCACAAUAACUCCCACACCAACAGAACGGACGGGGGCAUCGGUAAGGGCUCCACAGUGGGGGUGCUACUGGACUUCACCAGGGGCAUCCUCAUCUUCCUCAUCAACGAUGAGCAGCAGGGGCCAGUGGCCUUCGAGGCCCUGGAGGGACAGUACUUCCCCGCCAUCAGCCUCAACCGCAACGUCCAGGUGACCCUGCACACUGGACUUCCCAUCCCUGACUUCUACACCCCUGGAGAAGCAGACCCUACUGGCUCAGUGUGUUAGGCAGCAGGACAGCUCUCCCUUGUACAGUCUCGCCCAGAAAACCACCCCGUUCACCUCCCCUCUCUUGCCCUGCUCUCUGCUCCCCAUGCCGGACGUCACGGCCCCAACAGACUCCUGCUCCACCAUGCUUGUGUAACCCCACCACGUUUGGACUUCCACACAAGUGGAACUCUGGUUGUGUUUGUCAUCUCUACAUCUCACACUAUACAGCCGGUUGGAAACAGUCAACCAAUACAACCUUUGUGGUCAUCAAGACUUAUUUUCUCUACUAGCUUUGCUGAGGGUAUUAUGGGAUGUCAGCCAUGCUUCUGUAUAGCUCAGUGGUAGAGCAUUGGACUGCAGAUGUAGAGUGCAAAUCCGCCCCUGUUCAUUAUGUUGCAUAAAAACGAACAACGACACAUUACAUUCCUCUCUGGAUACCAUUGGAAAAAAGGAAAUGUGUAGGAAAAGCGUUGCCACCAGGGGGCAGUAAUGUGUGUGGUUUGACUACAAGGAGUCGUCUGAGGGCAGAAAGGGUACCUGGGAUGUCACGUCAACUGUUACAUUUCCCACAUAAAUACCCUUUAAAACACACCCAUAUACACGUACACAACAAUAAAUAAUUGUUGACACAUAAACCUUAAGCGUAAGUGACAGUGCACUGCUGCCUGAGCAGGGGGAGCACUGGGAACACAACAUGGCUCUGUGUCACUGCUAAUGAGGAGUGGUGGACAGCUGCCACGAACCCUGACAGGAAGCCCUGGACGCUCAGCUGUGUUGCUCUGUAUUUCCCUCAAUGUAAACGAGAUGCAGUCAGUGGCUUGGCUUGUGUGAAUCUUAUCUAGUUUGGAUAACUGCAGUUUACUUCAAUACCCAGCUGGAAGCCAGCCUGUAUUCAGCCUGUUCUCCUUCCCUGCAGCUCUUAGAGAAUGCCUUCCUUCUGCUACAACUAUUACACAGCUAAUGCUGCUCAAACUGCUACUCAUGAAUGUGAACUGAAGGAGAUACAUGACAAUGAAGACGGUUGGUGUCACACAGGCUAUUAAAAUAAGGUGCUACUGCAACUUGCUCAAUAACAUCUCUCAUACUAUAGGUGACUGAGUCUUGGUAGUUUUGUAUGACUGUCCAUGCCCUCUAAUGUAAGGAGAUGUAUGAAGAAAUACAAUUUAUUAUUGACGUACCGAUCAUCUUUGUUGUGACUUUUACACGAUAGGUCAUUGUUGUUUUUCACCCUAAGAAUGGAUCAUGCCAACAGGGGAAGGAAGUGACCCCUUAACAAUUGUUGUCAGUAAUGCAAACACCCUCAAGAUGUUUUUGGUGCGUGAUCUGAAACUGUACGGUUGUAACUUUAAAGUGAAGGUUUCUGACCCAUUGACAUCCUCCAGAAGAACUCAGACCUAUUGUAUCGUCAAGGUGCUAUCCUGUGGGUGUGCCUUUCAUCUGCAACCUGGAAACAUUAUAGCCAUCACACCAUCAAUACAAGAUCUGUGAUGCUGGACUUAAAGCCCAUUGCAAUAUAUAUUUUCAUAAAAGCUAAGUACACUGUGUGUUUGAUGAUAGAAUUCCCUGGUUGUGAAUUGGCGUAUUGGCUUAAGCACAGUAUUUUGAAAGAACACAACGAUCAGGUUUUCACUCAGUGGGCAUCGUCUUUGGGUGCCGCAUCUCAGACAUCCUAAUUGGUUGUUGUUUUUGCGUGGUUGUGUUUGUUUCCAUUUUGCUGGCCGAUCAUGGUGAAUGGAGACUCUGUGCCCAGAAUACCACCAGACCCUUAGAGGUCGCUGGGCAAAUACUGAGAGUUCAUUCAGCCAGACCAAAUGAAACCCAUAACAGCCAUUACAGUUUAGUUUUACAUAACUAAUCCCAAAAUGUGUUCUUGGGUAAUUGUAUAAAAAUUGUAUAUCUAUCAUAUUUGAAACCACGUAAUACUUUUACAUUUGAUUUUCUUAAACCUUUAUGGUUAUGGUUGCAGUAUAGCAACCAUGGUUAUAGUCAAGUGACUGAAUGGAAUUCCUCACACAUGGUUUUACAAUAAAGUUUUAUUCAAGGCAACAUGCAACACUGACAAGGUAUACUGUACAGUACAUGUGUUUGGAGGGCUACUCGGCUGUGUUGUAACUCCAAAGUGAAUAUUUCUGCCCUGCUUUACAGAUAAGUUAAAUGUUCUAAAUAUAAUUUAUUAUAUUAUUACACGUGUUUCACAUAUAUUCAUGUGGAUUGAGAUUAUAAGUAUUGUUAUAAUGACCCACAUAUACUUAUGAUUAUUGUUAUUAUCAUUAUUACGAAAAUAGUUGUUAUUGCUCUCAUUCAACUUGACUUAUUGAGCUCUUUGUGUUUUCUGUAUUUGUGAAUAUUCAAUAAAUUCUAGAUGU